GAUAUGGCGAACAGUUACUCCAGAAGUUAAGUUAGGAGAACACAGUUACUCUAAUACUCUAAUAGACCACCGCGAUGCGAUUUUCCGUGCUGCUGGAUCCGUAAACACCAUUAUACUGUGUUUUAUUAUCUAUUAUCAUGUUGUUUAAGCCUGGGCCGCCAGUAAACCCAGUAAAAACAGUAAACCGCUCAGUGGGAGAAGAAGAAGAAGAAGAAGUUUUGUGGUGGUGGAGGAGGAGAAGUUUUCCCGGAGCUCAGGAUGAAUUUCGGGGUUCCGGCGAAUUCGCUGCUGCUGUUCCGCGCCUGCGACGAGGGAGACUACGACAGCGCCAAGCGGAUUCUGGAGCACCCCGGGGCCGAGUCGGGAAGGCAGUCCCGCAGCCGCCUGGACUCGGUCUCGGAGUGCAGCGUGGACGCGGUGCGGGCCGGGCUGCCGCUGGUACCGGUGGACUGCACGGAUGAAGAGGGGAACACGGCCCUGCACUUCGCCUCCGCCAGCGGACACGAACAGCUGGUGCGGUUCCUGCUCCGGAAAGGGGCGUCCGUGGACAGCCGGAACAACUACGGCUGGACCCCGCUCAUGCAGGCGGCGAGAUUUGGUCAUCUAAACGUGGCUCAUAUCCUGCUGGAGAAUGGAGCGGAGAUCAACGGCAGGAACCGCUUGGGUGCCAGCGUGCUCACCAUGGCCGUGCGAGGAGGCCACGCGCACGUCGCUAAACUCCUUCUAGAGAACGGAGCUUUUGUGGAUGAUUUUGACCACCUCUCUGCAGUGGAGGGCAAUGCUAACGGGAACAAUAGCAACCAUAGUGACAAUGGGAAGAACUUCCUAGAUAUCACACCAUUGUUAUGUAGUGCUCAGCACGGCUUUGAAGCCAUGGUGAGACUGCUGUUAGAAUGGGGGGCUGAUGUGAACUUUUCUCAGAAGACCACGGGAUGGAGCGCGCUGAUGUUAGCUACUUUAAGUGGAAAGGCUAGCAUAGCUCAGCUGCUGGUAGAGCGAGGUGCUGAUCCUGAUCACCUGAAUGUACUCUCCAAAACUGCGUUUGAAGUGGCUCUGCAGCUUAAACAUAAAGAGGUGAAGAGUUACCUCGACUCCAUCACCACAGUUCGUCCACAACCAGAUGCCGAGAAGAAGAGACCUGAUGUUUUCAGUGCCCUAAAGCUAGGAAAUGCUCAGCUGGUGAAGGAGAUAUUAGAGGAGGAUCCAUCGCAGGUGAACUUGGCUAAUGCAGAUGGGGCAUCUCCUCUAAUGAUAGCAGCAGUGAGUGGACAGCAGGAGGUGGUGCAGUUACUGGUGGAGAAGAAUGCAGAUGUGGACAAACAGGAUGGGGUCCAUGGCUGGACAGCUCUUAUGCAGGCUACGUAUCAUGGGAAUAAAGAUGUGGUGAAGUAUCUCCUGAAUCAGGGCGCUGAUGUGAAUCUGAGAGCCAAGAACGGAUAUACAGCCUUUGACCUUGUCAUGCUGUUAAAUGACCCAGACACUGAGUUAGUGAGGCUACUUGCUUCCGUUUGUAUGACUGUGGAUAAAGAUAAGAGUAAACAUAGAAGCAAGAGGCUUACCAAGAAACGCUUCUCUGCUAGUGUGCCAGAACCACCAGAUGAUAAGGGUGGAUUGAAGUCAUGGUGGAAUCGAAUGUCCAAUCGCUUUCGCAAGCUGAAGCUUACUCACACGCUGAGGCAUGGCCUCUCCCCCAAUCGUCUGGCUCCGUUCCCUGAUGACCCAGAGGUUCCACUGGAUGCUACCAUGAGGGCAGAGUGUAGGACAGAUGCAAACAGCUCUGAGACCAGCAGUACAGUAGCACCUCCUGCUGGAGCCACUGCCAAUGACAUCACUGUUGCAUGGAGCGCAAAGAACAAAGAAAGUGGUCUUGGAAGAACCAACAGUGAGAAAAAUGACGUACUUAUGAUCACAAUGUUAAGAAAUGGUGCACCUCUGACCCGUUUGCCCAAUGACAAGCUGAAGGCUGUUAUCCCCCCUUUCUUACCUCCGUCCAACUUUGAGCCGUGGAACUCGGACCGCUCACGUACGAUGAAGGAGGGAGGCAAGACCAAUGAGCAGUCUCGUCUACCCAUGCAUCAGAGACCCAGCAAAGCCAACUUUAACAGCAGUGGAAACUCUGAUAUUACGAGCAUUAGUCGAGUCGUGAACAGAUCUAUGAAGUUUCCCACUAUCAGUAAGGUGCCGUCCUCUUCUCCCUCCAACUCCGGCAACUAUAACUCUCCUCACUCGUCCGGAGGAUCCAAUGGAGUGGGAGUGGUGAACCGCCAUGCAUCAGACUCGCAUAAUCGCUCAGGAGGCAGUGCAUCUGACAGUGUGUUAUCUCAGAUUGCUGCUCAGAGGAAGAGGGCUGCAGGUCUGCUUGACGUUAAAGGUCCGGCCCCAGAGACGCCCAGCCUGGCUCCCACACCGCUGCCAACAGGGCCUGAUGCUAGUCUGACCAGCGUACAUAGCAACCCCAGCCUGGUGCCCAGUGACUUCCACUCCAGACGGGUGGACCUAAAGAAGAGGCCCCAGUCUGGAAACUCCUCCACCUCUAAAAGCACGUCGUCCACAGUGACCCCAUGUCCAUCCCCAACCCCCAAACCUCCCACUGGAGACACAUUCUCUUCAGCUUCUUCUCAGCCAAGAUCCAAAAGCAGUGGUGGAUCCAGCAGUGGCACCAUAACUGAUGAGGAUGAACUGUCUGGUAUACUGAGGAAACUUUCUCUGGAAAAAUAUCAGCCCAUCUUUGAAGAGCAGGAGGUAGACAUGGAAGCAUUUUUAACUCUGACUGAUGGAGAUCUGAAGGAGCUGGGGAUUAAAACAGAUGGACCUAGACAACAGAUCUUAGCAGCCAUCUCUGAACUGAAUGCUGGCAAGGGGAGAGAAAGACAGUUACUGCAGGAAACUAUCCACAAUUUCCAGUCUUCAUUUGGAAGCAGUGCCAGUAACCACCGACCUGCAGGAUAUUCACGAUCUCCCACAGGUUGGGCCAGGCAUCAGCUUCACACCCCUAACAAGAGGUAACACAUCUGGACAGGUGGAGAGUGUCAGAAAGGACUGUUACAGUGUGCAAUUGCGAAUGUGCCAAAAAAGAGAGAUCUCCUAAACUAUGUUCACCUCCAUUAAAACCCUAAAUGUUUGCACUGUCAUACCUAUAUACGCCACCAGAGGACGCUGAAAUGUCUAAAAUGAAAUGACCUGGAGCGCUGGUUGGGAGGUCACUUCAGGAUCUCUAAAAAUACAUAGUCGUAUUUGGGUCAAGAUUUUUUCCCUCUCUUUUGCACGAGUGGGCUGUGAGUGAUGUGAAUGUCUAAAGGCCAAAUGAGGGGAAGGGAAAUGGAAGUGUUUCCAAAUCAUGUUUUUGGUUUAAGUGAGGUUAGACCAUGCUGAGCAUGCUCUAAAUUGAAGGAUUUUGAAGGGAAUCACCACCAUAUAGUAUAAGAGUGCUUUAUGGUAAUGCACGUUUUGGUCACUUUUUAAAAUUUUAACAAAUGAACAUGUGUAAGUGCUGCAGGAGACGAUGAGGAUGGUCAUUGUCUCAAUUCCGUCACAGUAUAGUACGAGUUCUAUACCAAAAGAAACAGAGGAAUUAAAAAAGAAUUUAAUUUUAAAAGGUGGAAUAUAUCGGUACCACGUUAAAAUAAGGCUUCUUUAUGAAUGUUUAUAAAUAGUCUAUGAGGGAGUUUAUUAAUGGUUAAUAAUUAGGUUUUAAAUACUUUACAAACCAUUAUUGAGUAGUAACAACAUAUAAAUUCUCAUUUUUUCCCAAUCAGUCAGAAUUAUAAAAUCAUCUAAUAAAAUAAUAUAGAAAGUCAGUUUAGUUAGUUGUUAAAUGUUAUUUUAUGUUAAAAUACACCACAUUAUGAUUAUUGGAUAAAUGAUUAUUCUGGGUAGUUAAAGUUAAUGACAGAUAUGUUAUUAACAGAUAUGUUGUUGAUGACUGAUGGAAAAGACAAAGUUAAAUAAGCAUCCAGAAAGGUCUGAGGUUUAACAGUAUAAAUGAAAGUUAAAUCACUAUUUGGCAAACAACAGGCCACUGUUGUCCUUUUAAUGUCUGUUGUAACUGCUUAUUAAUAAUUUAAAACUAUUUACAACCUAAUUAAUAACAUAAAUGUUUAUAAACUCUUUAUAAAUGAGCCUUAUUUUAAAGUGGUACCAGUAUAUCUUAUCUAUGAGGCUAAAAAAAGGUGCAAGGUACUGACAUCAUGUAAGGUACUGACAAACAGAGCAAACGAUGAAGCAAAAGAAUAUCUAUGAUUUAUCUUGUUUGUGAUGUAAUUUAAUUAAUUGUAGUAGUCAUACAAUUGUUUUGUAUGGUAACAGGUUACAGGAGAAUGAUAAAAUGUCUUAUUUUUUAAGUAGAAGACAAUGUGAAAAGAUGUCAUUCAUUCCAUGUUGUUCAACAUUUCUAUUCCAUCAUGAUCUUUUGACACAAUGUCAUAGUCAGAUUUGUAUGUUAAAAAGUGAAAAAUGGAGAAAUUCCAUGAAACCAAUGAAAUACUGACACAUGCUUGGAAAUUUUGUAGCUGAUGACAAUGUGUUACCUUUAUUUUGGAAUUUGGGAGGAAUAUUGUUUGUAGUUUAUAAAAUAAAACAACAAUGUUCAUUUUACUCAAACAUAUACCCAUAAAUAGCAAAAUCAGAUUCAGAAACUGAAGUGGAGCUGUAUAUAUCACAAAACAAUAAAAUAUUGCAAGGAUUUUUAUUCCCAAUAUUGUGCAGCCCUAAGUCCAGUUGUAACCUAAGAGUAGCAAGAUGAAUAUGAUGGCAUAAUUAUCAUUUUUAUUUUAAUUACCAAAUGUCUUAUUUUUAUUUUAUAACUUUUAUAUCAUAAUAAUAGCAAAGAAUAUAUUGUGUGUGAAUGUUAUAUGAGAGGCACGAGUGUAAAUUGUAUUACACUAUAUUAGUAUAGUAGCACAGUAUUACAGUUGUAUAUGUGUUUUUUUUUUUUAUUACGUGUGGUAUAUUAUUGUUAUACCUGACAGUAUUUUUACCUGAAAAGAAAAAAAGGCUUUUCUAAAUCAUGGGAAAUGAAGAUUAAAUAAAAGUUUUAAUAAAUAAUGCA